AUGUUGCAACAGUUUAUCAAUGAAACUGUUAUCCUAAACUACUUGCCUCACAAAAAUAUCGUGUCAAUUUAUGGGUGUGCUUCUCAUCACAAGGAAUCACUACUGGUGCAUGAAUACCUAUCCAAUGGAAAUCUUUCUGCUCAUCUUCAAAGUGAAAUAGCCGAAAACAGCACACAACCUUGGUUGACCAGAUUAGAUAUAGCCAUUGAUAUUGCAAAUGCAUUGGACUAUCUUCACUAUUAUGGCAUCAUCCACCGUAAUGUGAAGUCCAGCAAUAUUCUCCUAGAUGUGAACUUUUGUGCUAAACUUGCUAACCUUCAUUUAUCUCAGAAACUUCCAGAUGGAGUUCCUGUCUAUGCCACCCAUGUUACUGGUGAUAUAAUUGGGACAUGUGGUUAUAUGGACUCAGAGUUGGCAUAUGGCCGGCUUAGUGUUAAAAAUGGUGUUUAUAGCUUUGGGGUGGUAUUGUGUGAGCUUCUAUCAUUGACGCUGGCAAAAUGCUGGGUUCUGAAUGAAGAGGAUAAUCUUGCUACCCUUUUAAGCAGAAAAAUUGAAAACCAAGCUUUGGUGGAGUUGUUGGAUCCAAGACUUGGCUUCGAUACAAACCUUAAGAUCAAGUGGAUGAUGACUGCUAUAACUGAGCUUGCACUUCUAUGCAUGAAAUGCCCACAAGAACUAAGGCCUAAUAUGGAACAGGUGCUAGAGACACUCGAUGGCAUAAAGCAAGGAAGACAUGAAACAAACUCAAUAAAAGGUAUAAUAAAAUGA